AACUCGGGACCGGUCGCGCCCAAUCGCGUGGGACCGGCGUUCGUGGGAUCAAAUCGGUCAGCAGACUACGGAUGCGCAACGUGCACUGCGCCACAGCACAGCGAUCGACGAGAGUCGGCCCUGCUAUAUCAUCCGAUGUAGGACCAGCCGAGCUUGAGAGGCAACCGAAGCGGUCAGAGGUCAAACUAUCCGUCCGAUAUGCCUAACAGGUGGUGGAUGUGCGUCACUUCGCAUACAACGUACAUCGAGUUCCAGCGCACUCAACGUACAUAUAAGGAGCCCCACAUAUGGAGUUCUGUAGAUCAAUCGUUCCAGCAGAGGUGUAAUACAGACAGCUUUGACCGCUACAGUUCGACAAGACGACCAUGGAAUCUACUAUCAUCAACGAGAUCGACGGCAAGGAGCUGGAGGCCAUGGGCUUCGGCAGUAGCCCUGAAGAUGUCCGAAAGCUUCUGGCGGACGCUAAAGAGGCUUAUGAGGAGGAUCAGCGUCUAACUAUUCGAGAGGCUUUGCAUCGAUUCACCCCAGCCGUGUUCUGGGCGAUGAUCUUGAGCGUCACGCUGAUCAUGGAGGGAUACGACGUCGUGAUGAUCGGAUCUUUCUACGGUCAACAGCAAUUCAUCGAGCGCUUUGGUACCACGGAGGACGGCGUGAAACAGAUCACUGCCGCUUGGCAGAGUGGGCUCUCCAACUCGUCCGUCAUCGGUCAGUUGGCGGGUCUGGCCGUUGGCGGAUACUGUAUGGAUCGAUUCGGGCGCAAGCAGACCCUGUUGGUUGCCCUCGUGGUCAUGACCUGCGCCAUCUUCAUCCCCUUCUUUGCCGUCAAUCUGCCCAUGCUUGCUGUGGGCGAAUUCCUCUGCGGACUGCCUUGGGGUUGCUUCCAAACCCUUUCUACCACCUACGCUGUCGAAGUCGUACCCACCGUCCUUCGACCCAUCUUGACGUCAUUUGUCUGUCAAUGCUGGGGGUGGGGUAUUUUCAUCUCCUCUGGAGUAGCUCGAGGCGCCUUGGAACUCCCUGGUGACCUGGCUUGGCGACUGCCCUUUGGCUUGCAAUGGAUCUGGCCCGUCCCUCUUUUCAUCUGCUUCCUCUGGGUACCGGAAUCCCCUUGGUUCUUGGUCCGACAAGGACGCAUUGAACAGGCCCGUGUCAGUCUCCGACGACUUCGACGCAAGGGAGACGAACAGGAGACCGAACACGCCAUCACUCGAACCUUGGCAUCGCUCGUCCACACUAUUGCCCUCGAAAACCGAGAGACUGCCGGAGCGUCUUACGUCGAGUGUUUCAAAGGAAUCAACCGUCGUCGAACCGAGAUCAACAUGGUCGUUUGGGCCGCUCAAAUUCUCUGUGGUAACGCCAUCAUUGGUUUCGCGGUCCUCUUCUUCCAACGUGCCGGCUUGAGCGAGACCAACUCGUUCAACUUGAACAUGGUUAUGAACUCGAUGUAUAUCUUCGGUAGCAUCAUCUGUUGGUUCUUGAUGACUCGUUUCGGUCGCGCCACCCUGUACAUGGGAGGUAUGGCUGGCAUGCUCGUCUGCCUUCUCGUCACUGGAGGGCUGGGAUUCAAGGACUCCGUCGGCACUUCUUGGGCGAUCGGAUCGUUGUUGAUCGUCCAGACUUUGAUCAACAUGACGACCAUCGGACCCGUCUGCUACACCAUUGUCGCAGAGACAUGCUCCAGUCGUCUUCGAGCCAAAACCAUCGUCAUCGGUCGUAUCGUCUACAACUUGACCGGUAUCUUUAGCAACUCGGUCACCCCUCGAAUGCUUUCUACUACCCAAUGGAACUGGGGUGCCAAGUCUGCCCUCUUCUAUGCCGGAACCAACAUUCUCUGUUUGACUUGGUGCUGGUUCCGUUUGCCCGAGACUAUGGACCGAAGCUUUGCGGACCUCGAGUCCCUCUUCCAACAAGGUAUCUCGGCUCGAAAGUUCAAGCAUACCAAGGUCGAACAAUUCCACCAGGUGGUGGAUGCCACCGCUAUGGACGAGAAGAAGCUCGAGUCGGAUCACGUCGAAUACGCUUAAGCGUGAGGGAAUCCUCGAAACCCCACCGCUACCGAGUUGCUUGCUAUGGGGAUUGUCUUGUGUUGAAUGUCGCAUAUUUUUCCGGAAAUGAUGGAGGAAGGUUUGGUAUUGUCAAUUCUCCGUGUGGAAUCGUGAAAUUGUAAAUGAUUGAAUUAUAUGAAUCUCUAUUCGACCAUG